GUCAAAAUACCAGUGAGAGUUUCCACAAGAUCAGGAGCUCAGGUUGAUUGGAACCGAUUUUUUGGUUCCUACUAUUCUUUGGACCCCAGGGUCUUCGGUAGCAACUCUGCAGAGGGAUCUGUGAUCAAAACAAAUGACACUCUGUACUGACAUUAUGACUAAGAACAAAGAGGAUGUUGGUCAUCAUGACUCUUAAGCUAUUCAUAAAAUGGCACUGUGGCUAUGUUUCCUCAAAGCUUUUGUACUGUUCUGGACAGGCAGUUUUUAAUGUAAUUUUAGGAUCAUCUUUUAAAUGCUAUUUGUACAGUAUAUUUUUGGGAUAGUGCUUGACCCAAGCUGAGACAAGAAUAUCCCUGGAUUCUGCUGUAGAAGGGAGUCAGGCUUAGGUGUCCUGUGAGGCACCUAUGAGAGGCCAGUACUCUCUGACAAGGGUGUAAUGUUUAAUAACAAAUUUAUUAUUUGAAGAUAGUUGAUGUUACAGAGGAUUUCUAAUUCAGCAGAGUGAUACAAAAGAUACUAAAUCACAAUAUAAAUGCAAGUUAAGCUAAGCAAAAUCAAUUUCAGUAUACAGUUCGCAAUGCCAAAAUGUGAUCCCCAUUAGUGGUCUCAAGAAUAUGCUUGCUGUCUCAAUGUUGGGCAACCCCAGUCACCAGGAAGGAAUACAGGUGUUGAAGCUAACUCAAGCCUGCUGCUCUCUUUGAAAUUCCUUUAUUAAUUACUUAGGUUUUGUACUCAGUUGAGCUGAACCACUUCUUCACUCCCCCCAUGUGGUCUAGCUAACUCAGGGAGACAUUCAGGUUUUUUUAAUGAACUUGGGGAGAAACAUUUACGCCACUAGUUGAUUCACUCAACUGUGAUGUAGUCAGUUGAUCAACUGACAUAGCUGUUUAUCUAAAACAAAGGCCACCCUCUUGUCCUCUUUGUGCUGAGAUAAAGUCAGCUUCUUUGAAACAGCUGUGGUCAACCACACCCUGCAUUGUUCUCUGAGCAUCAGCAAUGUGACCAUGAAGCUCAUCUUCACAGAACUGCCUUCCAUUUUGGGGUUUAUAGGAAUGGUUACUCAGUUGCCUUGGAGAUGAUCCUGCUGCUGUAAAUGUAGGGCGGAAGAUUAAUGGUGUGGGCAGGAUGGACCUAAUGAACGGACAGUCAAGCAGUGUUAAUAUUGCAGCUACUGCUUCAGAGAAGAGUAGCAGCUCUGAAUCCUUGAGUGACAAAGGAUCAGCUGAGCUGAAGAAGAGCUUUGAUGCAGUGGUAUUUGAUGUUCUAAAGGUUACACCAGAAGAAUAUGCGGGUCAGAUAACUCUAAUGGAUGUCCCUGUAUUUAAAGCAAUUCAGCCAGAGGAGCUGGCAAGCUGUGGCUGGAAUAAAAAAGAGAAAUACAGUUCUGCACCAAAUGCUGUUGCUUUCACCAGAAGAUUCAAUCAUGUAAGCUUCUGGGUUGUUAGAGAGAUCCUACAUGCACAAACUUUAAAAAUAAGAGCUGAGGUUUUGAGCCACUAUAUUAAAACUGCCAAGAAACUGUAUGAGCUGAAUAAUCUGCAUGCUCUUAUGGCAGUUGUGUCAGGCCUACAGAGUGCGCCAAUCUUCAGGCUGACUAAAACAUGGGCGUUAUUGAGUCGGAAGGAUAAAGCCACAUUUGAAAAGUUGGAGUAUGUUAUGAGUAAAGAAGAUAAUUACAAAAGGCUUAGAGACUAUAUCAGCAGCUUGAAGAUGACUCCUUGUAUUCCCUAUUUAGGUAUUUACCUGUCAGACUUGACAUAUAUUGACUCUGCGUACCCAUCAACAGGGAGCAUUUUGGAAAGCGAACAAAGAACAAAUUUAAUGAACAAUAUUCUUCGAAUUAUCUCAGACUUACAGCAGUCGUGUGAAUACGAUAUUCCUCUGUUGCCUCAUGUCCAGAAAUACCUGAACUCAGUUCAGUACAUAGAAGAGCUACAAAAGUUUGUAGAAGAUGACAAUUACAAACUUUCAUUAAAGAUAGAACCAGGGACCAGCACCCCACACUCUGCUGCUUCCAGAGAAGAUUUAGUAGGCUCUGAAGUUGGAGCGUCUCCACAAAGUAGACGGAAAAAUGUUGCAGCUGAAGGAGCCUUGCUACCACCAACACCCCCUUCACCCAGGAACCUGAUACCGCAUGGACAUAGGAAAUGUCACAGUUUGGGAUACAAUUUCAUACACAAAAUGAAUACAGCUGAAUUUAAAAGCGCAACAUUCCCCAACGCAGGACCAAGGCACCUACUGGAUGACAGCGUCAUGGAGCCUCAUGUCCCAUCCCGAGGACAGGCAGAAAGCUCUACCCUUUCUAGUGGAAUUUCAAUAGGUAGUAGUGAUGGUUCUGAACUCAGUGAAGAGACCUCCUGGCCUGCGUUUGAAAGGAAGAGGUUGUACCAUUCCCUCGGUCCGGGAACAAGAGUGUCACGAAAUGGCUAUCGAGGCCACAUGAAGGCCAGCAGCUCCUUAGAAUCUGAAGAUCUGGCUGUUCAUUUGUAUCCAGGAGCAGUUACUAUUCAAGGUGUUCUCAGGAGGAAGACUUUGUUGAAAGAAGGCAAAAAACCUACAGUAGCAUCUUGGACAAAAUACUGGGUAGCCCUGUGUGGAACCCAGCUCUUUUACUAUGCUGCAAAAUCUCUGAAGGCUACAGAGAGAAAACAUUUCAAAUCCACACCGAGUAAGAAUGUGUCCGUGGUGGGCUGGAUGGUGAUGAUGGCAGACGACCCUGAGCAUCCAGAUCUCUUCUUAUUGACUGAUUCUGAGAAGGGAAAUUCGUACAAAUUUCAAGCUGGAAACAGAAUGAAUGCAAUGCUCUGGUUUAAACACCUGAGCGCUGCCUGCCAAAGCAACAGACAACAGGUUCCUGCCAACUUGAUGACCUUUGAAUAAUAGGUUAAUUCAAAACAAGAACAAUUUAAACCAUCUCAUAAUCGAGAACGAGGUCCUGAUGAAACAUGUGCCAGCUGUAUUCUGUGCCAGAACAGAGCCUGUCAACUCAAUCUCUGAACUCUGGAGCCCUGAACAAAACCACUAAUGGUUGGGGAGUAGAGUCCCCGAAUUAAAAAUGGAGUUACAACAAGAAUUGCCAUGGACCAUGCUUCAUUAUGUUCUCUGAACUGACCUGUGGAAACCACUGCCUUAAAGAGUGAAAGGAGAAACAACAUGAAACACCAAAUAGUGUGUGUGAAAAUUCUGGCGGUGCUGUGCUUGAGUUAAAUAGAUUGUAGCUAGUUUGAGUUUCUUUUAACUUUAUAUUAAUUUUGAAAAUAACUCACCUUUUUAGGCAUUCUUAAGAAAACAAGUAAACUGGUAUUUAAGACUUGUAUCAAAAGCUAUGUAUGAACCGGGUAAAAGAGGUACUACACGUUCUAGAUAUGUUGUUUAUACCAGGAGUUGUCGAUGGGAGCUUGCCCCAGGCACACUUAGUCUGGAGCAAUGUUAUUUCUCUCAGACCUACAAGUAGAAGAAAUGUUAACCACUGCAAGCUUAAAGUAGCAGUAAGCUUGCAAACCUUAGUACUGUAUGGGAGCCAUAUUCCCUACAAGUGGCACAAAGGCUGAGCACUUACACACCAAAAGUUUUUUGGUACGUUGUUACCUAAUUCCGUGUUAAAAACGUAGUUCGUGUGUUUUGGGUGGUCAAGGUGUGUGUGUGGAAGAGACAAACCUGAAAGCACUGUGGGGUCAGAGCUGAGUGUUUUCUUCCCAUUUGUUUCUAUACCUGUCACUCUCCUACAUGCAAAGGUUGAAUGACAAAAGAACCAAACACCUGGGUAUAGCUCACUGAGACAUUUUUCUUCUCUGGGUAUCUGUUAAUUAUCAGUUAGGGACCACUGUUAGCAUAUGGUGUUUCAUAGUAUCACUUAAGAUCUCCAUUUUAAAAAGAUAGAGGCACAAUUUCAAGCUUUCAUGUUCUCAUUUGGCAAUAACUGGUUUUAGUAUCUGUCUUGGUCGAAAUAGUUGACGUUGUGUGGUGCUGAUAACAUGGCCUAAAGCAGACCUUACAUACAGAAACUCUUUUGAUCUCCAGACAAAUAAUUAAUAUAUUAGAAGGUAGUGUAACCUAGGGAGAGAAAAGGUGUGGGACUGAAAAUUCCACCCUUAACAGGAAUAAUUCUUGGUCACUGAAAUUACUCUCAGAGAAAAACAUGGUUAUAAAAAGGGAGCUAUGCUUUAUGUGUGUUUUAUGCUUAAGACUUUGAUUCUUGCUUUAUUUGGGUUUCCUUGACGUCACCUAGGUAGAGUUUCCUGGAUGAUUAGUCUUUCUUUAAUCUUCAAAAAUAUGAUCUUUGUAAAGCAAGGAGACAUUGUCCAAAAUAUGACUCUGAUGUCAGAACUCUGAAGUCUGUGAAAAAGUAGUAACUGUUCCAUUGACAUUGUGGUUUAGUGGCCGUAAAUAUGCCUGUAGAUUCCACUAUGAAUACUCCUUUUUAAAAAGAAAUAAGCUACCUACCAGUCUGUGGCAGAGUUCUCUGACUAUCUAAUAAAGGUUUCUACUAGUAGUUAUUA